AUGAAUCCUUCUCCGACACCACGAACCCCGAAAUCGACAGCCAUGUCUGUAAACAUGCUCCUAUCGCCACCAGAGAUGAUAAAGGUCGACUCUUUCCAAGAGCCUGUGCGAAAGAGCUCUUCAAAGAAUCCUUUUGCCUCCAGAACAUCCACCACCACAUAUGUGUCGCCCCCAAUCUCUCCUUACGAGGUCAGCAAGAAAGACAUCACUGUUGAACUACAAAGAGACAGCCAGUCACAGCGGGAUCCAUUGCUGUUUGACAACGAUGUCUAUGUUGAUAACAGUGCUUCGCGUCUUCCUCUGUUCGACUCGAGCGAUUCCGAGUCGGCGCGUGUCGAGAGUCAAAUCUCCCAGCACAUUGCCAACACGACGCACGUCCCCGAGUCUGCUCGCCCAACUCGCGAUGAGUACAAGGUGUUGGCGGAGGCGACCGCAAUGUUCUUCAAGCAAGUCGUCACCAGAAAUUUCCUCGCAGACCAGCAAGGCUGGAGAGCCCAAGAGAGGGAAAUCAACAAGCGCUAUACCUACCACAGCCUCACAAAGCGCCCAGCCUUGAAGACCCUCCUCCCGGCAACGUCGUCCGCACCCAAGUCGAAGAAGAUUGCUGUCGCCAUGCCGCGCAGAGCAAGGGUCACGAAGCCCGCCACAAAGCCCCAGCCAGUCUUGAAAGAACGCAAGGCCCCUGCCGGCGUUACAAAACCGACACCAGCCCCGAGGAAGACGACCACGAAGAUCAACGACAACAGAUUCGACGCCUUCCCCGACUUUGCUCCACGGCCCGAUCGCCGGUUCUACGACGAUCCAUUAAUCAUGACCAAGACAGCCGAUGCCAGGGACAAAUUUAAAGCCCCGAUCAACCAGCCGGACCUUGAUGACCCGGAUCGGCAUCUGCUGCCACCGGCUGAGCAGCAUCUGGCCGCGUACCAUCGCCUCACAUGCGCACAGUACCUGACGCAGAAGCGACGGAUCUUCAUUGCCAAGGUCGAAUGGCUGAAGAAGGGCCAGGACUUCAAGAAGACGCAUGCUCAGGGUGCAUGCAAGAUCGACGUCAACAAAGCAAGCAGGCUCUGGGACGACUUUGACAAGGCCGGAUGGUUCGCCAAGGAGAACUUUACGCAAUACCUCCGCUAG